AAGAAGAAGAAGAAAUAGAAGGAGGAGGAAUAAAAGAAGAGGAAGAAGAUUUAAAUGAUCAUUUUCAACAUUGUUAUUACACAAUGGUUACUGAAUGAGUGGGGUGUGACUGGUGGUCCUCUGGCAUUGUGUUCAUUUCACUCAUGGAUGGAGCCCCUUUAGAAAGCUAAGAUGCCCCUGGAGGUCAAAUGGCCAUUUCCACAAUGCCCUGCUCUGGCAUGGAGGAUCUCCAGCUCCUUGGUCAUGGGCAUGGUGGGCUCAUAUUCCUACUUCUGGACCAAGUACAUGAAUUACCUGACGGUCCACAACCAUGAAGUCUUGUUGGAUCUGGUUGACCACAGGUCCUCCGACACGCCCCUCAUCACUUUGUCCAAUCACCAAUCCUGCAUGGACGACCCACACAUCUGGGGUGUGCUGAAGCUCAGACAGUUGUGGAACUACAACAAGAUGCGAUG